AAAUGAACCCAUCUCUGAACAGAUAAAAGAUAAGGCACGAGAUGAAUUGAUAAGUGAAAAAAAAACAGAGAAAAGCCAUGGAAGGAAAGUUAUCACGCGCAGCAAAGAAGAUUGUACCUUCUUCCAUUCAAGGAUUCUCCCAUCUUGCUCAGCGAUGCAACGCCAUCAACCUCGCCGAGGGCUUCCCCGACUUCCCCGCCCCUCCCCACAUAAAAAACGCCGCCAUUUCUGCCAUCAACUCCGACUUCAACCAGUACAGGAACGUUCAAGGUGUAUGCGACUACUUGGCCAAGAUGAUGAAGGAGAGACACGGUUUAGACAUCGACCCUCUUACGGACGUAGCUAUUUGCUGCGGUCAAAGCGAGGCCUUUGCGGCUGCAAUCCUUGCAACAAUUGACCCGGGUGACGAGGUCAUACUAUUCGACCCUUCCUAUGAAUCAUAUGAAGCAUGUGUUGCCAUGGCCGGGGGAGUACCUAUUCACGUGCCGCUUGAUCCACCUCAAUGGACACUGGAUUCAAGCAAAUUACUCGGAUCAUUUACUGAGAGAACUAAAGUAGUAGUACUGAACAGUCCUCACAAUCCUACUGGCAAAGUUUUCACAAAAGGGGAACUUGAGGUUAUAGCUGGAGAAUGCUGCAGCAGGAAUUGCCUGGCUAUAACAGAUGAAGUAUAUGAACACAUAACGUAUGACAAUCUAAAACAUAUAUCCCUUGUGUCAUUUCCUGGAAUGCAAGAGCGGACUGUAAUAACAUCAUCUUUGUCCAAAUCAUUUAGUGUCACAGGUUGGAGGAUUGGAUGGGCAGUUGCACCAACUUUUCUUGCGUCUGCUAUAAAAAAUAUUCACGUUAGACUUACAGAUUCUGCCCCAGCACCUUUUCAGGAAGCUGCUUUGAAUGCCUUGAGAAGUCCUCCUGAGUACUUUGAAUCACUCCGAAGUGAUUAUCAAUCAAGAAGAGACUAUAUCGUAAAUUUGCUAGGGGGAGUAGGUUUCAAGAUUGAGUUUAUACCUCAGGGCUCCUUCUUUUUAUUUGCUGAGCUUCCUGACAAUUGCCCACUUUCAGAUGUAGAAUUUGUUAAGAAACUAAUACUAGAAGCUGGGGUAGUAGCCGUUCCAGGACGAGGAUUUUUUCAUACAAACUUAUCAUCUGAUGAAGUUUCUAACUUACCCUAUUCCUACCAGAAGAGAUACAUCAGGUUUGCAUUCUGCAAAAGCGAUGCGACUUUAACUCUGGCGGCAGAAAAAUUGGGUAAGCUUUUGGAUGCUAAAGGGCAUCUUGUGCUAUAUUAAAUUCGGCGAAAGAAUAAUGUAAUAACGUCAGGAACAAGCAACCAUGAUUGAGGGUGGUCGAAUUAAGAAGCUUGUUGUAUUACGGAUUAAUUUGAGGAAAACAACUGCGAAGUUUGCUAAACUUGUAUUUGUCUCAUUGUUCCAAAGUUGAAGGAUAUUACAGGGUUUUUUCUCCAUCCUUUUUUCCCAGGCUUAAAUGCCAUGUACUCCAAGAGAUUUCAAAAUAUUAAAAUGAAAAAUUUCUCUUUAGCAA